AUGUCCGUGGGCCAGCCUCCCACAGCCCACAGGCCACCAGCAGCAGCAGGCUGGGCUGCAGAAGGGAAGCCAACCAGGAUUCUCAAGGUCUGCGCAUCGGUUGCUGGUUGGGAUCUGAAGGUCUCUUCCCAGACUGGACUUGAAGCUGUGGUGCAGUCAAACUCCACUGAAAAUAGCAAGAUGUUUUCUCUGGAAGGUAAAGCCGUUUUUCACAGUCACCCUGAAGACAGGUGUACCGCUCCUAGGGAAACGGCUAUUGAUGCCAAGUGGUACUUCCCCCAGGUCUCUGGGGGCCUGGUCUCAGCAUCAUGGUGGGCAGGAGCCCAGAACAGCCCCCUCUCCGCCCUCUGUGAGAAUGAAACAGCUGAGGGACCCGAGGCCACUCGGUGGUGCCAGCGGGCUGGCCCCGCACCAGCGCGGGCUGACCUGUGUCUCCUCCCCCCAGCAGUGCCCAGCCCCCCUUGUAACGGCUUCGAUGGCGCCCUUUCAAGGCCCUGCCGAGUCCCCUUGGGGAAGGAGGUCUGCUUCAUCGCCACCGUUCGCCUGGCCACACCACAGUUCCUAAAGGAAAUGUGCAUCGUUGACGAACCUUUAGAGGAAUUCACUUCAAGGCAUAGCUUGGAAUGGAAAUUUUUAUUUCUGGAUCACAGAGCCCCUCCUAUCAUAGGAUACCUGCCUUUUGAAGUCCUGGGAACCUCGGGCUAUGACUACUACCACGUGGACGACCUGGAGCUCCUAGCCAGGUGCCACCAGCACCGUGAGUACCCCUGCCAACCACCCAGCUCCCCUCCCAAGGACCUCCAUCCUCUCCCUGCAGCCCUGCCAGUGGGACCCGUAGGCUCUGCAAGUCGACUUAUUACUCGCAGUUACGCCGAGGUCCGAGUGGAGAGGAGGCAGGAAUUGGCGCUGGAGGACCCACUGCUGGAGACCGUCCACCCUUCGGCACUGAAGGACAAGGGCUCCAGCCUGGAACCUCAGCAGCACUUUAAUGCACUUGACCUGGGCACCUCAGGCCUUAACACCAGUCACUCACCAUCGGCCUCCUCACGAAGUUCCCACAAAUCCUCGCGCACAGCCAUGUCAGAGCCCACCUCCACUCCAAGCAAGCUGAGGGCAGAGGCCAGCACCCCGGCUUUGCCCAGAUCGGCCCAAGAGCUCCCAGUGCCAGGACUCAGCCAGGCAGCCGCGAUGCCGGCCCCCCUGCCGGCCCCGGCGUCCUGUGACCUCACACAGCAGCUCCUGCCUCAGACCAUCUUGCAGAGCCCACCUGCCCCGGUGUCACAGUUUUCAGCACAGCUCAGCAUGUUCCAGACCAUCAAAGACCAGCUGGAGCAGCGGACACGCAUCCUGCAAGCCAACAUCCGGUGGCAGCAGGAAGAACUGCACAAGAUCCAGGAGCAGCUCUGCCUGGUUCAGGACUCCAACGUCCAGAUGUUUCUGCAGCAGCCAGAUGGAUCCCUGAGCUUCAGCAGUGCCCAGCGGUCAGAGACUCAGCAGCAGCUUCAGCAGAGGUCCGGCCCAGGUCCCCAGCUUGUGGCCAGCCCGCAACUUCCAGGGCAGAUAGCCUCUGCCCAGGUCACGAACCAGCACCUGCUAAGAGAAUCAAGUGUGAUAUCGACCCAGGGUCCAAAGCCAUUGAGAAGCUCACAGAUGAUUCAGGGGAGCAGCCUGACACCCCAGUUUAGCAGCACCACCCCUGCGCUCCCGUCGGCUCUGAGCCUGACCACGCCAGCUUCCGCCUCCCAGGAGGCCCCCCAGGGCCAACCCAGCCCGGACUUCAGCCAUGACCGGCAGCUCAGGCUACUGCUGAGCCAGCCCAUCCAGCCCAUGAUGCCCGGAUCCUGUGAUGCGAGGCAGCCUUCAGAGGUCGGGAGGACCGGCCGGCAAGUCAAGUAUCCGCAGAGCCAGGCCGUGUUUCAGAACCCGGAUGUGCAUACCACCAGCGGCGCCUCCACCCCUGUCCUGCUGAUGGGGCUGCACCCCAGCUUCCCCACCUCCCAGCCGUCACCCCUGAAGCCUGCACAGGCCCAGCCACAGCCUCCGCACUUUCUUCAGGUGCAGGUGCCAACCUCUCUGCACAGUGAGCAACAGGACUCCCUCCUUCUCUCCACCUACUCGCAACAGCCAGGGACCCUGGGCUACCCAACGCCGGGGCCCGCGCGCCCAGCCCGAAGGGUCAGCAGCCUGUCUGAGUCCUCAGGCCUCCAGCAGCCGCCCCGGUAGUGGCCGGGCACCUCGGUUGGGUCACAUCAGCUUUAACCAAUGGACAGACGAGGGGGCGGGUGGCCAGGGAGUUGGGGAGAAGAGUUUAAAGGACACCCCAACUUCCGUGCACGCCGCAUCCAUUUCAGAGCUCCUGGGUGGUGACCAUGUCCAAGGGCGGUGGCCAGCAUGGACAUGAGUGAGCAGGGAAGCUGGCCCUGUUUCCCUUUUUCCUGUGCUUCACAGCCACACUCUACAACCAUACCCAGACAGACCGACCGCAGUCCCCAGCCGAGCGCAUCAGUGCAUCACGCGGUUCAGCUUAGAGACGAGCAUCUCUGCUGGAUCGCCCCUCCCCCCAGCGUGGACCAGUCUCUGCGCCACGUGCGCACGUGCUCAUUGGCCUUCACUCUCCUGACCCUCUUUCCUCGGAGAAGCACCCGGUCAGCGAUGUCUUGGAAGGAGAGAAGAGAUGAUUUUUUUUCUCAUUAUUUUUAGAUGAUCGUUUCUGUCUUAAUUUGCACAGCUGCACAAGGAGAUAACUUAGGCACUUUCCUUUUUUUUUUAAAAAAAAAAAACAAG